AAAUACCCCCCUCGUCCCCCAUCGAAACUCUUGUCGUCUCGUACAAUUCGAUGAUCUCGGGCUACUCCCUCCACUCACUUCCAGAGUGGGCAAUGCAACUCUUUCGUGAUAUGGUUCGUGCCCGUCUGCCCUCUAACUCCGUCACUGUCCUCGCUCUGACACGGUGCCUGCCCUACCCCUUUGGGUUGCAUGGCUUUUUGUAUCGGGUUGGGUUUGCGGGGAGAGAGAGUGAUGUGUCGGUGGCGAAUUGUUUGAUUAGUUGCUAUGGGAAGUGCGGGGAGGUUGAGUGCGCACGGGAGGUGUUUGACGAAAUGUGUGAGAGGAGAAGGGAUAUUGUUUCUUACAAUGCUAUGGUUUCUUGUUACGCGCAAAAUGGGCUUGCGGAUAAAGUGUUGGAGUUGUAUGAUGAGAUUAGGGAUUCGGGCCGGGUUAGGAUGGAUGCGGUUACGCUUGUUAGCGUGUUGUCUGCCUGUGCGAAUCUCGGUGCACGUGCACUAGGGCGUGAGAUUGAACGAGAUAUUAGUGGUGAUCGGAGUUUUAACUCGAACUUGUUUUUGAAGAAUGCUUUGAUUAAUAUGCACGCUAGGUGCGGGGAUUUGAAUAGGGCUUGUGAGAUCUUUGAUUGUAUGCAAGAGAAGACUCUUGUGUCAUGGACAGCGCUUAUAUCGGGUUAUGGAGCACACGGGCAUGGAAGAAAAGGCUUGGAAUUAUUCGAAAGAAUGUUAUCCAAUGGUAUUAAGCCUGAUGGGGUUGUGAUGGUUAGUGUGCUCUCGGCUUGUAGUCAUUCAGGAUUAACCGGUAAAGGGCUAGAGUACUUUGAAAAAAUGGAGAGUGGUUUUGACAUCAAAAGAGGACCUGAGCACUAUGCUUGUGCUGUUGAUCUAUUAGGAAGAGCUGGACAUUUAGAUAAGGCAUGGGAGUUGAUUAGAUCAAUGCAAAUUGAGCCUGAUGGUGGAGUCUGGGGUGCACUUUUGGGUGCUUGUAAGAUUCAUAAGAACGUCGAGCUUGGCAGAUUAGCUUUUGAUCAUUUAGUAGAGAUUGAACCAACAAAUGUCGGAUACUAUGUGUUGUUAUCAAAUAUUUACUUAGAUGCAGGGAAAUUAGAUGAUGUUGCUAGAGUUCGAGCUAUGAUGAAGAAGAGAGGACUAAAGAAGGAACCUGGAUGUAGCUAUGUUGAGCUCAAGGGGAAGGUUCAUUUGUUCAUGGCUGAUGACCAUUCUCAUCCCCUUGCUAAGAGUAUUUAUCAGAUGAUAAAUAAGUUGGAGACGUUGGUAAAUAAUGAGAGAGGUGGUGGAAAUAAAGAGGAUGGAGAAGAGAGUGAGAAGGUUGUUGGUUUUCAUAGUGAGAAGUUAGCUAUUGCUUUUGGAUUGUUGAGUACUGAGGCUGGAAAAGAGAUUGUUGUGAUUAAGAACCUGAGGGUUUGUGGAGAUUGCCAUGUGUUUUUAAAGUUUGUGUCGAAGAUUGUCAAUAGGAAGUUAGUUGUAAGGGAUGCGAGUCGAUUCCAUCAUUUUGAGGAUGGAGCGUGUUCUUGCAAUGACUAUUGGUAAUGGUUUUGCUUUUGUAUUUUUGAUCUGGUGAUGAAGCUGAAGGUUAACUCCCGUCGGGGAUAAAAUGAGAGAGAAUCGCUUGUAAUGGUUUGGUCUUGCGCGAUAGAGGCCGUAGAGUGCACCAACUGGGAGAAGUGACGAGAUCAUAAUUAAUGGGGAAAGGAGGACUAGAGGGAGGCUAAGAGAACUUUGUAGGAAACAGUUAAGAAGGAUGUGAUAAUGCUUAACUUAGUAGACGAGAGUGCCUCAAAAAUAUUAAAUGGGAGAAUAAGAUUCAUGUAGUGGACCCCAAAAAUUUGGGAUAAAGGCUUUCAUAUUGUUGCUGUAUUUGUGGUUGAAGCUAGAUUGGGAGAAAUGGCAAGCUAGUGUAAUAAUUGAAGAUGUGGAUCAUUUGCUUCAGAGCUUAUUGGCAAGAUUUAAUGCGUGACUGGUGAUUGUAGACAUUGACAGGCAGAAAGAGGCUCUGGGUCUUCAAUUUCCCACACCUUUGCUUACGUAUGCUCCCAGAGAUCGAUAAUAUAUGUCAAGAUUCUCCCUGAACCUGCAGGUCUUUCCCAGUAUAUCAAACAAUGAUGCAAAAUGAUUUCUCAACAACUUCGGAGAGGGGAAAAAAUUCCUCAUUGGUCAUGGAACAUGGAGGAGCAUCAUACAUUUCAAGAUAAUUGUUCAACUUCAAAUGCUGACAAUUAGUUACAUGAGAAAGGAAAAUCUACGGUCCUGAUAACAAGAGAAAAUUCACUGGUGUGAAGAGAGAAUUCCUGCAAGAGAAAAUACACUGGUGUGAAGAGAGAAUUCCUGCAAGAGAAAAUUCACUGGUGUGAAGAGAGAAUUCCUGCACCGUUAUUCUUGUGUUGACCUGCUGCAAUAGCGAGGAUGACCAGAUAAACACAAGCAAAAACUUUGCUAACUCUGAAAAAUAUUACUAUGUACAAAGUUUGAUCGAAUAAAAACAUGCAUCCUGCCUGCAUGGAUUGAGCGUGUUGAAUAUAAAAAUACCACCAUGUUGAAGAA